AUGAGCAAAGAGAACAGAAGGAAUGUGUGGAAGUACGAGGAGACGAAGGAGAUGCUGCAGAUCAUGCUGGACAACAAUUUCGUACAGCAGUUCAGCACCAAGCACAACAACAACGUACAAAUCUACCAACAAAUCGAGAAAAUGAUGAUCGAGCGGGGCUUCCGACACAAAACGUACGAGCAGAUAUCGGUGCGCUGGAAGAACCUGAAGAACCUGCACAUGGUAGCGAAACGCAGCAACAGCCAGAACGAACGCCAGCUUUUCCCGUACUACGACGAGAUGGAUGAGCUGCUGGCUUUUACGAAGCGGAAACCGCCGCGCCAAAUCACAAUCCAGCCUAAGCUAUCGACUCCUACGGGUAAAGCUAAAAACCGGCGGUAUGGCACCAUUACCGAAGGAAGCCCGUCCUCCGAAAGCAUACACAUGGAGAUAGCGCUCGAGGAGCCGGAUAGCGCGCCGGAUGAAACCGUGGAAGAUAGAUUAGAGGAGGAGGAAGAGGAAGAAAUUGAUGACCCGCCCGUACGAACCCCCCGUGCCCGCGUUUAUGCCAGACGUCGGUUGCUGUCCGUACCGAAACGACCCAACCGAUUGCAGUCGGCGAUCCCUGCCAGCAAGCAUGAUCUCAACGACGAGUUCUUUCGCACCCAGAAACGGUUAAUCGAUUAUGAGUUCAAUUUGCAUGCCAAGCGAGAGGAAGAGUACAUGCAACAGAUCAAUUUGGCCAUGAAAGAGCUAAUGGAGGAAAACAUGGAAGCAUUUUUCCUGCGGCUAAGGGAUUUUAUGGAAGACCAGCGGGCGGAACUAGCCAGCGAGGGCAGUCCGCGAUAG